AUGAAGGCUUAUAUGAAAACAUUAGUAUUACUGUACGUGUGUCUGUAUGUGUCUGGUAGUUUGUUGACGUCUGUCAUUCAAGUGGGUCAAGGCAAGUUACGUGGAGUACGCAGUUCCUUCAAACAGAACAGGUAUUUUAGUAUACCAUACGCAACUAGCGACAGAUUCCAGCCUCCUCGAGAGCCACCAAAGUGGAGAGGGAUAUUUAAUGCUAUAAAUCCUUUUGUGAGAUGUCCACAAAAAAUAUCCUUUUUCGUAACUGGCACCGAAGAUUGCCUUUACUUAGAUGUAUACACUCCAGAACAAGUUAAACCUGAACACAAACUACCAGUUAUGGUGUUUUUUCAUGGUGGAGCAUAUUUUAAGGGCAGCAAAGAAUUAUACGAUCCAGAAUUUCUAGUCAUGAAAGAUGUGAUAGUUGUUAUAGUUAAUUAUAGGUUAGGGGUCUUGGGAUUCUUGUGUCUGAAUGGAGUAUCUAAUUUAGGAUUAAGAGACCAGGUAGCAGCCUUGAAAUGGAUUAAAAGAAAUAUCAAUGCAUUCGGUGGCGAUCCCGAUAAUGUAACUCUAUGUGGCCAGAGCGCCGGCGCCAGCUCGGCUUCAUUACACUUAUUAUCAAAACAUAGUACGGGUCUAUUCCAUAAGAUGAUACUUAUGAGUGGUACGGCGUUAUCGACUUGGGCAUUUAAUAUCGAGCCUCUCAAGCCAGCGAUGCAAGAUGCGCAAGAAAUUUCUCAUGUCAGCAACGAGGAGGAGGUGUACAAUACAUUUGCCAAGGCGCCGCUGUCAGCACUCAUGUACGCUACACACGACACCUCAGUAAACCCACGCUACUUUAAGUACUCGCCGUGUGUAGACGACACAUUCCCGGACCCAUUUUUCCACAAUGCGCCGUAUGAAAUUUUUAAAUCGGGAAACUUUAACAAAGUCCCCGUAAUUAUAGGUUAUACUGAUAUGGAAGGUGCAUUUUUUCAUAGAUUAUUAAGUGACAAAUUAGCUAAGGAUUUAAAUGAUAAUUUUAUGGAUAUGUUGCCAUGCGUAUUCUCGUCAUGCUUGGAUGACGAAAAGCAGAAUAUUGGACGAAUGAUACGUUCCCAUUACUUCGGUAAUAAAACCAUAAGUUACAAAACAUCAUACAUCGGCUUGGCGAAUUAUUUUUCAGAUUGGAUUGCAUAUGGAACAAUUAACCCGUUUUCUAAAAUAUUGUCACAGUACUCUGACCAACCUGUAUUUAAUUACCAGUUUUCAUAUGAAGGCGGAAGAAAUUUUGGCAAAUUUAUUUCUGGUUUCAAUUUCAAUGGGACCACACACGCUGGGGAACUAUUUUACAUUUUUAAACCUUUAGGUUUAUCGCUACCACUGUUGGAGAGAGACCAAAGAAUGAUCAACAUAUUUACCACUUUGAUUAGUAAUUUUAUGAAAUAUGGAGAACCAACACCAAACAAGGGCAACGUAAAACUUCACUGGCCUUCAGCAAAUCUAAAUUCAUCAAACAUCUUAGUUAUCGAGGAGAAAAUGUCUUUGAUUGACCUUCCUCAUAAACAACAGCGAGGCGAGUUCUUCUUGAAGAUGCUGUGCACGUUUGGGAAAAAUGGCUAUGUGCCUUGCGAGAGCGAGCAACUGUGUACAGAGGAAAAUAAAUAA